AGAAACGUAUGACAGGACAUUACUGUGCUCUCACCAAGUGAACCUCUGCCAAGAACGACAGGGGAAGACCAGGGACUGCAGCUUUCCUCAGUGAGGUCCUGGGCAAGGAGCUGCUGGACCCGUCUAUCUCUUCUCUGAUGUUUGUGCCAGAGGAAGUGGUCGUAGUGCUGCAGCCAUAGCUGAAGACUAUCAUGAAGGCCAGAGCUUGUACAAGAAGGGAGUUCAGUGUCAUCUUCCUCUUUCUGGCUGUGGCUGCCUUAAUCUUUGGGCUACGUAACAUGGAGGUCCUGGAGCAGUUUCAGCAUAAAAUACACUCCACCACCAACGUCACGAACAUUUCCACUGACCCAGAUGUGAAUCACAGCUUCUGCACCUUCCAGCCACUCUCCGGUGAGGACGCUCUGGAGGAACGCCUCCUACUAGACUCCAUUGCUUGGCCUGAAACUCCACUUUUGCCAGCUCCUGUUUCCCUGGAGCAGACCAGUGAUCCAGCUCACAGCACCUUCACCAUUCUCCCAAGGAGGGGAGGAGGACAGUGGCAUGUAGGGGAUCAGCUAGAGGUCAUGAUAACAAUGUCUGACUUCCAUGGUCGUCCCAAGAAGUAUGGGGGGGACUUCUUACUUGCCCGACUCCACAACCUGAAGCUUGUUGCAGGUGUAGCUGGGCAAGUGGUGGAUCAUCUCAAUGGGAGCUACUCUGCUGUGUUCUCUUUACCCUGGGAAGGAGACGCGCAGGUUAAGGUGAUGCUGGUUCACCCUAAUGAGGCUAUCACAGUGCUGAACAGGAUAAACAGAGAACAGCCCGAUAGGGUUUUCUUCAAGAGCCUCUUCCGCUCAGGCUCACUCUCUGAAACUACCAUCUGUGACAUCUGCCUACGUCCAACCCAGCAGCCGCUGUGCAACUUCACUGACCGUCUUACAGGCAACCCUUGGUUCUGCUACAAGCCAAAGAACCUGAGCUGUAAUGCCAGGAUCAACCACUUCACAGGAGGAGUCAACUACAUAAUUAAGGGAAAUGAGACGAAGCUCUUUCAAAGUCGUGUCAACUUGAGAGUUGAAAUUCGGGCUUCAGGACCUCCCAGUGUCACUGUGUUGCCAAAAAAGAAAGAUCAACCACAGUUGAAAAGCAGCAUUGUGACAUCUGGACCCUCUGGCUAUUACUACCAGGGUGCAUGGCGAUCAUUAAAUGGCCCCACAGUUCGCCAAUUCAACAUCUCUGACAUCAGUCCGUGUCUGAAAGGCAAGGUGGUCCACAUGUUUGGAGACUCCACUGUCAGGCAGUUUUUUGAAUAUCUCAACGCAGUACUACCAGAUCUUAAGGAGUUUGACCUGCACAGCCCGAAGAGAGCUGGACCUUAC